CACGUCCUGUCCUUCUACCGCCCCCGUGCCCCCCCCACAUCACCGCAGCCCUCCCCAGCGCCGCCGGCUCCGUCCCGCCGGGGCAGCCCCUCCGGUCCCGGUGCGGGGAGGCGGAGGAGGGGAGUUUGGAAGGGGGGAGAUGGCUGCCGGGGCCCGGCGGCCACCGAGACACCUGCUGCCACCGGGCCCCCCCCCGUGCACACCCGCUUCACUCCCGCUCCCUCCUUCCUCCGCUCCCGUCCCUGCCUCCAGCCGCCGCUGCAGAGCCGCCGCCGCCGCCGCCAAGGACGAGCCGGGACCGACGGCGGGAGCUGGACCCCCGCGGCAGCCGCGGCGGGGGCCGAACUUGCCCCUGGGAGCUGCCCCGAAGGAAGAGGAGGAGGAAGAGAGGGCUGGGAAGAGCCGAGCCCCCGGUGGGACGAGGAGCCCCGCCGGAGCCCCGGGGCAUGUAGGCACCCAGCAGCGGCAGUCCCGGACGCGGCGGUGGACAUGGGCAGAGCGCCGGCGCACGCUCUGCUCCUGUCCAUGGUGCUGGGCUGCUCGGCUGCCUUCACCGACCUCCUGCUGCCGGGCCCCGAGGAGCCGGUGGUCAACGUGGCCGUGGUGUUCGGGGGCACAUCCUACCCCCUGCACAUCCGCUCCCGCCUGAGUCCCCAGAGCUUCCUGGACAUGCCCCUGGAGAUCCAUCCCAUCACCGUCGUGGUCAACAACACCAACCCCAGCACCCUCCUCACUCAGAUCUGCGACAUCCUCGCCAGCCACAAGAUCCACGGCAUCGUCUUUGAGGACAACGUCGGCACCGAGGCUGUGGCUCAGAUCCUCGACUUCAUCUCCUCCCAAACCCAGGUCCCUGUCAUCAGCAUCAGCGGGGGGUCUGCCGUGGUCCUCACCCCGAAGGAGCCCGGCUCGGCUUUCCUGCAGCUGGGUGUCUCCAUCGAGCAGCAGAUCCAGGUGAUCUUCAAGGUGCUGGAGGAGUACGACUGGAGCUCCUUUACGGUCAUCACCAGCCUCUACCCGGGCUACAGCAUCUUCCUGGAGGCCAUCCGCUCCUUCACGGACGCCAGCUACUUCGGCUGGGAGCUGCAGGAGGUGCUCACCUUCGAGAUGAGCCAGGAGCGCAGCGACUCCAGGACGCAGCGGCUCCUGCGGCAGGUCGACGCCCAGGUCCUCAUCGUCUACUGCUCGCGGGAGGAGGCCGAGUACCUCUUUGCCAUGGCGGAGCAAGCCGGCCUGGUGGGGCCGGGCUACGUCUGGAUCGUGCCCAGCCUGACGGUGGGCAACAUGGAGGUGCCGCCCGCCUCCUUCCCCGUGGGCCUGGUCAGCGUGGUGACGGAGAGCUGGAAGCUGAGCCUGCGGCAGAAGGUGCGGGACGGGGUGGCCAUCAUCGCCAUGGGGGCGGCCAGCUUCUUCCGGGCCCACGGCUACCUCCCGGAGGUGGGCAGGGACUGCUGGGCGCCUGCUGGGGCCACCACUGCCAACAACAGCUUCUACCGGCAUCUCCUCAACGUGACGUGGGAGCACAGAGACUUCUCCUUCAAUGAAGGUGGCUACCUGGUCAGACCUACCAUGGUGGUGAUCACGCUCAACCAGCAUCGGCUCUGGGAGAUGGUGGGCAAGUGGGAGAAAGGCAUCAUCCACAUGAAGUACCCAGUCUGGCCUCGCUACGGCUCCUUCAUGCAGCCUGUGGUGGACAACCGGCACCUGACGGUGGCCACGCUGGAGGAGAGGCCUUUUGUCAUCGUGGAGAACACCGACCCCAGCACCGGGGUCUGCGUGCGCAACACCGUGCCCUGCCGCAAGCAGACCAACUCCUCCCAGAGUGCCAAUGGCCUCGUGGAUCCCUACACCAAGCUGUGCUGCAAAGGCUUCUGCAUUGACAUCCUGAAGAAGCUGGCCAAGGCAGUGAAGUUCUCCUAUGACCUCUAUCUGGUGACCAAUGGCAAACAUGGCAAGAUUGUCCGUGGGGUCUGGAACGGCAUGAUUGGGGAGGUGUACUACCGGCGUGCAGACAUGGCCAUCGGCUCCCUCACCAUCAACGAGGAGCGCUCCGAGAUCGUGGACUUCUCCGUGCCCUUCGUGGAGACGGGCAUCAGCGUCAUGGUGGCCAGAAGCAACGGCACCGUCUCCCCCUCUGCCUUCCUGGAGCCUUACAGCCCGGCCGUGUGGGUGAUGAUGUUUGUGAUGUGCCUCACCGUGGUGGCCAUCACUGUCUUCGUGUUUGAGUAUUUCAGCCCUGUUGGCUACAACCAGAACCUCACCAGUGGCAAGAGACCAGGAGGUCCCACCUUCACCAUCGGCAAGUCAGUGUGGCUGCUGUGGGCUCUGGUCUUCAACAACUCUGUGCCCAUUGAGAACCCCAAAGGCACCACCAGCAAGAUCAUGGUGCUCAUCUGGGCCUUCUUCGCCGUCAUCUUCCUCGCCAGCUACACAGCCAACCUGGCUGCCUUCAUGAUCCAGGAGCAGUACAUCGACACCGUGUCGGGGCUGAGCGACAGGAAGUUUCAGAAGCCGCAGGAGCAGUACCCUCCCUUCCGCUUCGGCACCGUCCCCAACGGCAGCACCGAGAGGAACAUCCGCAGCAACUACCCCGAUAUGCACACCCACAUGGUGAAGUACAACCAGCGCUCCGUGGAGGAUGCCCUAACCAGCCUCAAAAUGGGGAAGCUGGAUGCCUUCAUCUACGACGCGGCGGUGCUCAACUACAUGGCAGGCAAGGACGAGGGCUGCAAGCUGGUGACCAUCGGCAGCGGGAAGGUGUUUGCCACCACCGGCUACGGCAUCGCCCUGCAGAAGGACUCGCGGUGGAAGAGAGCAAUCGACCUGGCCCUGCUCCAGUUCCUGGGAGAUGGUGAGACCCAGAAGCUGGAGACAGUUUGGCUGUCAGGCAUCUGCCAGAAUGAGAAGAACGAGGUGAUGAGCAGCAAGCUGGACAUUGACAACAUGGCUGGGGUUUUCUACAUGCUGCUGGUGGCCAUGGGGCUGAGCCUCCUGGUCUUUGCCUGGGAGCACCUCGUCUACUGGAAGCUGCGUCACUCUGUCCCCAAGUCCCACAAGCUUGACUUCCUCCUGGCCAUCAGCAGGGGCAUCUACAGCUGCUUCAGCGGGGUGCAGACCCUGGCGAGCCCCAGGCGGGUGCCCACGCCUGACGUCACUGCCAGCUCGGCCCAGGCCAACGUGCUGAAGAUGCUGCAGGCAGCCAAGGAGAUGGUGUCCACGGCCAGCGUGGGCGGCUCCUUGGAGCAGGCCACCCGCACCAUCGAGGACUGGAGCAACCGCAGCGAGCACCUCCAGACCACCUUCUCCCUGAGGGCCCCCCAGCUCGUGGUGCAGAACAGCACCGGUGCCCACCGAGCCCCCUCCUCCUGCCCGGCCCCCUCUGAGAGAGUGGGGAGAGGCUACGCUCCCAAAGGUGCUUCUCUGGGGCCACCGCUGCCCCAGCCUGUCCCUGUGGACCCGCGGCUGCCCGGGGAGGACAAGUGGAGAGGGGCGAACGAGCACGUCCCCCGCCUCCUCCACCCUCUCAAGUUUCGGGGUGGCUGUGCUGGGGAUGAAGCCCUGGUGGGUUUCCCCCACCUCCUGGUGAAGACCUCUCCGGGGGCAGAAUUUGGGGAGCAGGUGCUGGUGGGGAACCAUGUUGGACCUCCCCUCCCACCGCCCACAUCCCCAAGGGACCUUCCGCCACCGGACAUCUACAGGGAGCACAAGCGGCCGGCAGGGCGAGGGGACCGGCUGCAGAACACUCCCCUGCUGCAAGGGGAUGGGGGACACGGGGGACAUGGGGGACAUGGGGGACACGGGGGCUCGGGGACGCUGCCUCGGGUGCUCUCAGCAGCAGAGAAGAGGCGGGAGGUGGGCAGCUCCUUCCUGCCUGCAUCUUGCCCUCGUGGAGCCUUCCCGAAGGCCACCAGGACUUGCAGAGCCAAGACUGAGCCUGCCCGGCCGGAGGCUGCGGGGCUGGAGCGGGAGAGGCUGAGCCGCCGGGCAAGCAGUGCCAGGGUGCCAGGGGAGAGGGGCGAGAAGCGGCGGCCCGGGGGGCUGCGGCGCUGCGCUGCCGCCCACCCGCUCACCCGCGCCGACGUGCCCGACCUCUUCCCCGAAGCCGAGGCCGCCUACGGCUGUGGCUCCCGCUGCUUCCAGGCCACCGGCCGGCUGGCAGCGCGCUCGCCCGUGGCCAGGCUGCCGUCCUACCGUGAAGCUUGCCGGCAGAACCCCCGUGCCACCGCCACCGUGCCGGCGUGCACGACGUACGCCUGCAUCAACUCCUACGCCAACUUCCCUCUCUACCUGGGACACCUCUCACGGGGAUCGCCGCCGGCCCGUGACCACCCCGGGGUGCCAGCGGGCUGUGCCCGGGGGGCCGGGCGCUGGGAAGGAGGCUGCAGAGACUGCGGGAGGCGCGGGGAGCCGACCCUGCUGCGGGCGGCGGGCACGGAGAGGAGGGACCCUCCGGUAGUCCGUGGGGUGACGAUUCCCUGCGCCGGCGGGUCCUGGCGGAGGGUUUCCAGCCUGGAGUCAGAGGUGUGAUGGAGGGGCACGGGGGGGAGGGCGUCUGCAUCUCUCUGCCUGCCCUUUGCCACGGCAUCCCCAUGGGCUGGCCAGUGGCUCCCAGCUGGGCUCCAGCCUUCCAGGAUCCUGUGGUGCUGGCAGCAGGAUGCUCCAAGCAGCUCGGCGGGUCCAGAGGAGCUUGGUGGGGGGCGCCCAGCGCGCACUGGCUUGGGCUCAACCCACAGGCAGCGCUGGCAUCGGGGACACCAGACUCAUUGCCACCGUGUUGCUGUCACGUUCUGGUUUCAUUUAAGGGACUUGAAACUCCAUGUCCUGGUCAUUAAAGAGACAUUUUCAACCUGCUGGGGACC